AUGUCGAACAAAAUUCAUGAUACAACAUACUUAGAUUUAAUUUUCUCAGAAGAAGAGUUUAAAGAGAUAGCAAAGGAAGAUCUGCCUUUUAAAAUCACUUUAAUGCUGGUGAACAGGCCUAUUACACACGAAAUCUUUGAUCCACUCUACAAAUUUGCAUCAAAUAUAAUCUGCUGCGAUGGAGCUUCCAACAGGCUUUACCAUGCAUUUAGUGAUUCAGAUAGGGGAAAUCACUUACCGACCCAUAUUGUUGGAGACCUUGACUCCUCAAAGACAGAAGUGAUUGAUUAUUACAAAGAAAAGGGAGUAAAAAUCAUUAAAGAUGGUGACCAAGAUCACACAGAUUUUGAAAAGGCAUUAAAUCUUAUCAAAGAAUUGCUUGUCAAAAACUCUGAAGAUGAAUCAAAAGAUGAUCGGCCUAAUAAAGUAAUUGUUCUGUUUCCUUUUGGAGGCAGAAUCGACCAGACUCUUUCAUCAAUGCACGUAUUAUCGAGAUAUCUUACUGUUGAUGCUGAGCUUAAGGAUAAUGCAGAAAUUAUACUUCUUGAUCAGAAUUCUGUCACCCAGUACUUAGCAGCUGGAGAGCACGAGAUUCGUAUAUCCAAAAAUUUAGAAUCCAAAAUUGGUGUUGGUUUGAUUCCUUUAAGUGGAAAAUGAGAGAACAUCAAAACUUCAGGACUAAAAUGGAAUCUAGGAAACUCUGAGGAAGAAUUCUCAUCCCUAGAAUUUGGAGGCGAAAUAAUUUCUACAUCCAACGAAAUUAUUGAGGAUGUUGUUACUAUUGAAAACUCCCAUUCAUUAAUGUGGACCACUACUACCAAGCUAUAUUACGAAAAUGAUUAG